AUUGUCAAGUGUCACUUUUCCUAUUGGCUUUUGGAUACAUUACAUUGGAAGAUUUUUAUUGAAAAACAAUUAAUGUAUUUAAUUUAAUUGUAGAAGAAUACGUACUUACCUUACACGCUUUUAACUUUACCUAAGCUACAGUCAUGGCUGCUAUGAUAAGUUCAUGGAAUCCAGAAAAGAAACACAGCGACGUGGAAAGAUGGAUUUGUAUUUAUCCUGCGUACUUGAACAGUAAGAAGACGUUGGCACAGGGGCGCAAGCUGUCGAAGUCACACUGUGUGGAAAACCCAACUCACCAGGAGAUUAGGGAUGUUCUGGUUGCUGCAGGCUUGAGGGUGGGAGUUGAGAACAAGUUAUAUCCCAGGGAACCUAGUAAAGAAAUUUUGUACCGAGGUAGGAUUCGAGUACAGUUGAAGAAUGAUGACGGCACUCCUGUUAAACCUGAGUUCCCUACUCGUGAAGCUGUUAUGAAGCAUAUUGGUGAAUCCAUACCUAAGCUGAAAACUAGACAAAACAGACCUGUAGAUCAGCAGCCUCAAGCAGCACAGGCCAGCCACAAGGGCAAGGGAAAGAAAGGGCGCAGAUAAAUUUAUUGUUUUAUUACAAAAUACUUAUUUGUACAAAAUUCUUAUCUAUUUCUAAUAUAACAAGUUCACAAAAUAAA